UGGUGUUGAGGUCCACGCAGCGUGGGUCUGUCAGCGUCCCUCCUAUUGGCUGCAGCCGGAUGCUCCGUGUCCUUCUCCCGCUUCCUCAAAUGCCACCGGAGCAGACGCGAGCCUGCGGAGCCACCAGCCGGAAGCUUCACCUGUUAGAUGUCUGACUUCCAGCCUGUCGGCAGACCCGAACACGUGUGAGGUGAAGGCUCCUCCACGCCGCCGAUUGCUGCGGGUUCGCGCCGCCUGAGCUGCCGCCGGGCUGCGGGUGUUUGCGGGGCGUCUGUCGGCUCCCGGUCCUCCUCCGAUCAGUCUGCAGCAGCCUGCAUGGAGGAGGGAUGUCGGCAUGGCUUGUACGAGGAGAACCAAAACUUUGGUGUCCACAUACGUGAUCCUGAGUGGCAUGACCAACAUAGUGUGUCUGCUGUAUGUCGGCUGGGUGACUAAUUACAUCGCCAGCGUGCACGUCAACGUGCCGAUGCCUUUAGCGGAGAAAAAGUUAGAAGGUGACAAAAGAGGAGACACGAUCCGGAUCAUGGAGAGGCUGGACCGCCUGGAGAACGUAGUCAACCAGCACAUCCAAGAGAAUCCAGGGAGGGGCGAGGAUGGCCAGGCAGACAGGUCUUUCUCCGACUCAUCGCUGUUCUCUCAAUGGGGUCAGGAGCUCAGUCCAGAGAACCGCAGAGUGGCACUGAAGAUGUUCCAGUACUACGGCUAUAAUGGCUACCUCAGUGACCGGCUCUCUUUGGACAGGCCAAUACCAGACCUCAGGCCUGAAGGAUGCAGAAACAUUACUUACCCUUUAAACCUCCCUCAAGUGAGCAUUGUGUUUAUUUUUGUGAAUGAGGCCUUGUCUGUCAUCCUGCGGUCUAUUCACUCUGCCAUCAGCCAGACACCCUCCCACCUUCUCAAAGAAAUAAUCUUGGUGGAUGACAACAGCAAUAACAAUGAACUAACGGAGAAACUUCAGGAUUUGUCUCUGAGCGAACAGCAGCGUCCAGGAUUUGUCAAGAUAGUGCGGCAUACCAAGCAGGAGGGCUUGAUUCGGUCCAGAGUGAGCGGGUGGAGGGCUGCCACCGCCCAGUUUGUUGCCCUGUUUGAUGCUCAUGUCGAGUUUAACGCUGGCUGGGCUGAACCCAUUCUCCAGAGAAUUAAGGAAGACAGAACCCGCAUAAUCUCUCCAUCAUUCGACAAUAUCAAGUAUGACACGUUUGAGAUUGAAGAGUAUCCGCUGUCUGCACAGGGCUUUGACUGGGAGCUUUGGUGUCGUUACCUCAACCCGCCCAAGUCCUGGUGGCACAAGGAUAACAAGAGCGCUCCCAUUCAGAGCCCCGCGCUGAUUGGCUGCUUUGUGGUAGAUCGUCUCUAUUUUGAGGAGAUUGGUUUGCUGGAUGAGGGCAUGGAAGUGUACGGGGGAGAGAAUGUGGAGCUGGGCAUCAGGGUGUGGCAGUGCGGAGGCAGUGUGGAGGUCUUACCUUGCUCCCGGAUUGCCCAUAUAGAGAGAGCACAUAAACCCUACACUGAAGACCUAACAUCUCACGUUCGUCGAAAUGCUCUCAGAGUUGCAGAGGUUUGGAUGGAUGAGUUUAAAAGUCAUGUCUACAUGGCCUGGAACAUUCCCCAAGAGGACUCGGGCAUAGAUAUUGGCGAUGUAUCUGAAAGGAAAGCUCUGAGGAAAAGGCUGCAGUGCAAAACCUUCAGAUGGUACCUGGUCAACAUCUACCCCGAGAUGCGGAUGUACAGCGACACCAUUGCAUAUGGAGUAAUGAAAAAUUCUCUGAAGGACGAUCUGUGCCUGGACCAGGGACCUGACACUGACAACGUGCCCAUCCUGUACCUCUGUCACGGGAUGACACCUCAGAAUGUGUACUACACCAGUACCCAGCAGCUCCACAUGGGCCUCCUCAGUCCUACCAUUGAUGACGAUGACAACAAGUGCCUUGUGGAUGUGAACGGGAGAGCGCGCCUUGUUGAGUGCGGCUACGCCACAGCCAGACGUAUGAAGCUACACUGGCUCUUCACUCAGGGAGGAUCCAUUCAGAACAGGAAAUCAAAGAGAUGCCUCGAGCUUGUAGCGAGCAGCGAUGGUGAGUUCGGCUACCAGCUGUCUCUGCACAAAUGCAGUGGACAGAAGUGGUUUAUCACCAGUGUGCUAUUUAACAGCUCCUUAUGAAGCACCGCCGGACACAAGAGCACAAUGGACUGGGUGGGUUUGUUUGUCGAGGUCAGAAAAAGGAAUCUUCAAACUUAUUUUGAACGACACGAUGUCCUCAUGGAGAUGACAUCACAUCGUAAAUGUUAAACAUUUUCUUUUGCAUACAGGAUCCGCCAUAAUCAGCACACAUUAUGCAUUGCCAAAUAUGACGCAGCAGCAAAUGAAGAAUAUUUUGUGGUAAAUGCAGUGUUGUCAGAUAGCCCCCCCCCCUUUUGCUUUUUGAAUUAAAAAUUGUAAAGGGUCCAACAUGGUUUUUGUACUUAGUUCAUGAUUGCUACUGUGUAGCAAGCUUUCUAAAGCUGUCCUUGCUGUAAUUGUUUUAUUUUAGUGUCUCAGGUUUGUAGGUUUAUUAUGCGAUCCACCUGUACAUUUGUGAGAAAAUGUUGGAAUACAUCUGAAAAUUGACUAUUUUCCACAUGUAAAUAUUUCAAAUGUUUCUUAUAUAUGAGUAAAAUAACUGAGGGGAC